AUGUCUGGCGCUCGACAGUUCAACUUCAACCCCUCAGCCAGAUCAUGGACGGCGCCCGUCGCGCCCAACACAGACGCCGUACUCACCUUCCACCAGUCACUCCCCAACUACCAGCCAACCAAUCUCGUCUCACUAGAUGAGGUCGCAAGAGAGUUGGGAGUCAAGUCCGUCGUCGUCAAGGACGAGACCAGUCGCCUUGGCCUCCCGUCGUUCAAGAUUCUCGGCGCAUCAUGGGGGACAUUCCGCGCUCUCCUCAGGGAGCUUCGUCUUCCAGAGACUGCGACGUUUGAGGAAGUCAAGAAGCAGCUGGAAGGGACACCAGUCAAACUACACGCUGCGACAGAUGGGAAUCACGGUCGCGCUGUUGCGCGGAUGGGCUCGCUCCUGGCCAUCCCGGCAGAGAUCCAUGUGCCUCGUCAAAUGUCGUCACAGACAAUAGAACUCAUCAAGAGCGAGGGCGCGCGUGUCAUUUCAUCAAACGGAAGCUACGAGGAUGCGAUAGCUGCGGCGCAUGCGCGAGCCGAUGCUGACGAGCAUGGCAUUCUUGUGCAGGACACUGCGUUUGAGGGCUAUGAGGAGAUCCCAGGUUGGAUUGUUGAAGGCUAUGCAACCAUGCUACGCGAGAUUGACGAGCAGCUCGGCGACGAGCACGUCGAUCUGGUCAUCUGCCCCGUCGGCGUCGGCUCGCUAGCACUGUCAGUCCUGACGCAUUUCAAGAGAGAAAACCGGCGAACCGCCAUGCUCGCCGUGGAGCCUGACACGGCGGCGUGUCUCUGGACGUCCGUGGCCAGGGGCGAGUGGACUGCCAUCGAGACGACGCCCACCAUCAUGGCUGGUCUCGACUGUGGGCAGGUUUCGACCACCGCCUGGCCCCUUCUGAGGGAUGGUGUCGAUGCGUGCCUGACCGUGUCAGACUACGAGGCGCACAUGGCGCUCGUGGGCUUGAAGACUGCCGGCGUCCAUGCUGGGCCCUGUGGUGGCUCUCCGCUUGCUGCUCUGCGACGCGGCCUCGAUGAGACGUGA